GGACUCGCCCGCAUCCCGGCGUGCUUUGCGUUUCCGCCGCGCCUCUGUCUCUUCCGUCCCAAACAGCAGGCCUAGAGGACGGGCCAGGUCGUUGGCAGCUGCGGGAUGUUGGCGUCUAGGGCAUUUAGUUUAGUUGGCAAGCGAGCCAUUUCUACUUCCAUCUGCAUGAGAGCACAUGGACAAGUUGUUGUGGGCAUGGAGGACGCCAGCCUCCCAGCUUACGUGGAUCGUCGUAACAUUCCCCUGCCUGAUGCACAAUAUGUGAAGAAUCUCUCUGUUGAGCAGAAGGCCCUGAAGGAAAAGGAAAAGGCAUCAUGGAACGCCCUGUCCAUUGAUGAGAAAGUUGCACUGUAUCGUAUCAAAUUCAAUCAGAGUUUUGCUGAAAUGAACAAGGGAACAAAGGAGUGGAAGACAGUUCUUGGUGCCACUGCCUUCUUCCUUGGCUUCUGCGGCUUGAUCCUCAUAUGGGAGAAAAAGUAUGUUCUUAUGCCUGUCCCUCACACCCUUUCUGAAGACUGGGUGGCCAAGCAGACCAAGAGAAUGCUGGAUAUGAGAGUUAAUCCCAUUGAAGGCAUUUCUUCCAAGUGGGAUUAUGAGAAGAACGAAUGGAAGAAAUAAAAUGACUCCUGGAACCACUGGACCUGUUCUGCUUGAAUUUGCAAUGAUUCCAUUACAUAUCUGUGACCUCAUUGCUUCUGUACUGGAACAAAUCCUCCACUUCAAUAUACAUGCUAAUAAACAUCUGGUUUACGUGAACGUUUUUCAUAUUGAUCUUAAGUGCUUUCAUUGUUGGCUGUAAUUUGCUAAGGGACAAAGUCCUUUCUAAACACUACCAUGUUGUCAUGACUUGAUGUAUGGAUCAGCAUUAGAGUUGGCAAAAGGGAACAAAGUGCUCAUCUUUCCAGUUAAUAGAGGGGAUCUAAUUUCUUGGAGAGCAAGAUUAAAGAUGCAGUUUAAAAAA